GGCCUGGAGACGGUGGCGCGGGGUGGCGACGGCGGCGCAGAUUAGGGCGGGCUGUGGUCAGCUGCUGUAGGCAGGCGGGUUUAAGAGGUCUGGGCAGCCACUGCGUCUCCUGCCCUCGCCCUCACUCCGCCAAGAUGCCGGGGAUCGACAAGCUACCCAUCGAGGAGACGCUGGAAGACAGCCCCCAGACAAGGUCUUUACUGGGUGUAUUUGAAGAAGAUGCUGCAGCAAUUUCUAAUUAUAUGAACCAAUUGUAUCAAGCUAUGCAUCGGAUUUAUGACGCACAGAAUGAACUAAGUGCAGCAACACACCUGACUUCAAAACUCCUAAAAGAAUAUGAAAAGCAGCGUUUUCCAUUGGGGGGUGAUGAUGAAGUUAUGAGCUCUACUUUGCAACAGUUUUCAAAAGUUAUAGAUGAACUCAGCUCUUGUCAUGCUGUACUUUCAACUCAGCUUGCUGAUGCCAUGAUGUUCCCCAUUACCCAGUUUAAAGAAAGAGAUCUGAAAGAAAUAUUGACAUUAAAGGAAGUGUUUCAGAUUGCUAGUAAUGAUCAUGAUGCUGCAAUUAACAGAUACAGCCGAUUGUCUAAAAAAAGAGACAAUGACAAGGUGAAAUAUGAAUUAACAGAAGAUGUGUACACUUCCAGAAAAAAACAACACCAGACCAUGAUGCAUUAUUUUUGUGCAUUAAAUACUCUUCAGUACAAGAAGAAAGUAGCAUUGUUAGAACCUCUGCUUGGGUACAUGCAAGCUCAGAUAAGUUUCUUUAAGAUGGGUUCUGAAAAUCUCGAUGAACAACUGGAAGAAUUUUUAACUAAUAUUGGAACAAGUGUACAGAAUGUUCGCAGGGAAAUGGACAGUGAUGUAGAGACCAUGCAGCAAACAAUAGAGGAUUUGGAAGUAGCCAGUGACCCGUUAUAUAUACCUGACCCAGAUCCCACCAAAUUCCCUGUUAAUCGAAACUUAACCCGAAAGGCUGGGUACCUUAAUGCUAGGAAUAAAACAGGCUUGGUGUCAUCUACCUGGGACAGACAGUUUUACUUCACGCAGGGUGGAAAUUUAAUGACUCAGGCCCGAGGGGACGUGGCAGGAGGCCUGGCCAUGGACAUAGAUAACUGUUCAGUGAUGGCUGUGGACUGUGAAGACAGGAGAUACUGUUUUCAGAUUACCUCUUUUGAUGGAAAAAAAUCUUCAAUUUUGCAAGCAGAGAGUAAGAAGGACCAUGAAGAGUGGAUCUGUACAAUAAACAACAUAUCUAAACAAAUAUAUUUAAGUGAAAAUCCAGAGGAAAUUGCUGCUCGAGUGAAUCAGUCAGCUCUGGAAGCUGUAACUCCAUCCCCGUCUUUCCAGCAGAGGCAUGAGAGCCUACGGCCAGCAGGACAAUCUCGGACACCGGCAGCUCGAACCAGCAGUUCAGGAUCUUUAGGAUCUGAGUCCACAAAUUUGGCUGCCCUCUCUCUAGAUUCCCUUGUUGCCCCAGACACCCCAAUACAAUUCGACAUCAUUUCUCCUGUGUGUGAAGAUCAGCCUGGCCAGACAAAAGCUUCUGGCCAGGGAGGAAGGCGUACAAAUCCAUUUGGAGAAUCUGGAGGAGGUAAAAAAUCUGAAACUGAAGAUUCUAUUCUUCAUCAGUUAUUUAUUGUCCGAUUCCUUGGUUCUAUGGAGGUGAAAUCAGAUGACCAUCCAGAUGUUGUCUAUGAAACAAUGCGUCAGAUCUUAGCUGCCCGGGCCAUUCAUAAUAUCUUUCGGAUGACAGAGUCACAUUUAUUAGUCACUUGUGACUGUUUAAAGUUAAUUGAUCCACAGACACAAGUUACAAGACUCACAUUUCCAUUACCCAGUGUAGUUUUAUAUGCUACACAUCAGGAAAAUAAGCGGCUUUUUGGAUUUGUGCUUAGAAUCUCUGGAGGGAGAAGUGAUAGUAACCUGUCAUCAGUCUGCUAUAUAUUUGAAUCCAACAAUGAGGGAGAAAAGAUUUGUGAUUCUGUUGGACUGGCAAAGCAGAUAGCCUUGCAAGCAGAACUGAAUCGUAGGCAAUCAGAAAAGCAAAAAGAAAUAGAAAGAGUAAAAGAGAAGCAACAGAAAGAACUCAGUAAACAAAAGCAAAUAGAAAAGGAUUUAGAAGAGCAAAGUCGAUUGAUAGCUGCUUCCAGUAGACCAAACCAAGCCAGUAAUGAGGGGCAGUUUGUCGUCCUUAGCAGUAGCCAAUCAGAAGAGAGUGAUUUGGGAGAAGAAGGAAAGAAAAGAGAGUCAGAAGCAUAAACUUAUUCUUGCAUUUUGGUUGAUGUCCCCCUUACCCUACCCCCUGGAAUUUACUGUCAAUUUCUGUGGUGAAAUGGCAAGGUAACAACUAUGUUGAAAUAACGAGGAGGAACUAAGCUUUCUAUUUGCUUAUUUGUAGUUGUAGAUGAAAUU